AUGGCAGGCUGCAGGAUACUCCUUCUCCUUGUUUUAGCUCUUGUCAUUACUUUUGUCUCCCCUGCUCGGCUUCUUGAUGAAGAAGAAGAUAUUGGCUUGGUCCCUAUGCCUACCACAAGUCCUGGUCCAUUACCAACGUCUGGAUCAGUCCCCUUCCCUACUGCUGGUUCAGGUACUGGUCCAACCUCAGGUGGCUCAGGUCCCUUGAAUACUUUAAGUGGCUCUGGACCUCUACCAACCACUGGUUCUAGUCCUUUACCGGUUGCUAGCUCGGGUCUCUUGCCUGCCACUGGCCCCGGUCCUUUACCAAACACCGGUUCUAGUCCUUUUCCGGUUGCUAGUUCUGGUCCUUUGCCGACUGUUGGCUCAGGUCCAGCAGGAUCAUCGACCGGUGGUUUACUUCCCGACCACGCCUUGGUCUUCUUUAUGCAUGAUAUACUCGGUGGCUCAAACCCAACAGCCAGGGCUGUGACUGGAGUCGUUGCAAACGCAGCUCUCAGUGGCCAACUCCCAUUCGCCAAACCCAACGGCGCAAACCUCCCUGUCAGUAACGGCCUUCCAUCUAACAGUAACAAUAACGGAAUCCUCAACAACAACAACGUCCCGCUUCUGGUCGGACUUGGCGGAACCACUUCAAACAUUCUACAGAACAACGGAAACAACCUCCUGAACGGUCUCCCCGUGGCUAACGGUGGUCAGCUCCCAUCUGGCUCGUCCCUUCAGAUGCUCAUGUUUGGGACAAUGACAGUGAUGGACAACGAGCUAACGGAAGGGCAUGAGCUCGGGUCAGGUCUGCUUGGCAAAGCUCAGGGGUUCUACGUGGCGAGCGCCGUGGAUGGAACCAGCCAGACUAUGGCUUUCACGGCCAUGUUUGAGAGUGGUGGUUAUGAAGACAGCAUCAGUUUCUUCGGUGUGCAUAGAACGGCUGCAUCAGAGUCUCAUCUUGGUGUCAUGGGUGGUACGGGGAAGUAUGUGAAUGCGAGAGGAUACGCCGUUGUCAAGACUUAUACGGGUGGCAGUGGGAACACACAGCAGCCGCACCAGUUCACAGAUGGGCUUGAGACUGUUCUGGAAUGCACCGUUUAUCUUUCUUACUAGUUUUUUUUUUUCUUUUUCUUGUUUUCUUUGUAUUUGAAUUGCGUUGUGUUCUUUUUCAUCUUUGUCAUCUUGAUAUGUAACAACAAAACCUAUUAAACUUGACAACAAAUUUCAUGUUGAUUACAAAGUUAUAUUAGAUU